AUGGCGUCAGCUGUAGUUUGCGUCAGCUGCAGCACAAUCACCAUCGACAUUGGAAAGGAAACAUCGGGCUUCUGCUUUCCCAAGAGAUCGCACCUUGAAGAAAGUGUUCCCGAUGGCAUUUACCAGCAAAGUGAAAAUACCCAUCGUUUACGGGAUCCUUUUGGGACUUUUAUGCAGCCGAGCAUUGGUACAAGGUUCAUCUGCUGCCGCAACUUCUCCAGGUACAUUCCUGCCGCAACUACUUCAGGUACAUCUCCUGCCGCAACUACUUCAGGUACAUCUACUGCCGCAACUACUUUAGGUACAUCUACUGCCGCAACUACUUCAGGUACAUCUACUGCCACAACUCCUUCAGGUACAUCUACUGCCGCAACUACUUCAGGUACAUCUACUGCCGCAACUACUUCAGGUACAUCUACUGCCGCAACUACUUCAGGUACAUCUGCUUCCACACCUUCUCCAGCUCAGGGUUAUUGUUUCGAAGACACUUGCAUCGAACCCGCAGACUGUGUGAAUCUGAUUGACGGCUACCAAUGCCGAUGCCCACUCGGUUUCUACUAUGAAAAUAAAGAAUGUAUACCAGGCAAGACCUUCUCAGGAGGUAUGAAUGUUGAUGAAACAUUCUCUCCAGCAAUGGAAAAACCAGAUUCUCAGGAAUACAAGGAAAUACAUGACUCGAUAAUCAAUUUUCUUAAUGGUGCACUCAAUAAGACUGAUACGUACAUUACUUCAAUAGUAUUGAAACUCAGUGCUGCAACCAAAACAAUACAAGGAUCAGAGCAGGAAAAAACAAGAAGCGCAUGGAGGAAGGCUGGGACUAUUAUUGCACGGGUUGUAAAUAUAUUUGAUAAAAAUUCUCCUGUGGCAGAGAAAGAUGUGAAAACUGCCAUAAAUGAUGCUGCAGCAAGUCAACCUAACUCUAUUUUUGCAAACUUUGAGCCAUUGAAGGGAUGCUCUCUAAUUACAUGUGAAUCCCAAAGCACUUCAGGUUGUUCUGACAGCAAUGGAACCCCACCUCAAUGUAUAUGCGAAACAGGAUAUUACCAGCUAAAUAUUUAUGACAGAGCAUGCAAAUUAGGAUGUGGCAACAAGUGUGUUGUUGAAAAUCACAAGCAAUGUAUCGCAGAGUUCAAUGUGACAGCUAUCUGUGAAUGUCUGCCUGGAUAUGAGAAAACCCGCAAGAUGCAACAUUUGAGUGCAAAGAAUGUCGCUUUGGCUUUGGCGGAAUCGACUGUAAGGAUGGUUUUGAACUUGGCAUUUUGGUGAUUGGUGUGGCAGCAGGAGUUCUGUUACUGGGUAUGGGAGCAGGUCUCAUUUAUAUGUGUGCCAGCAAGAAACGCAGCAAAACUGACCGUGAGCAUCUCUUGAGCAACCAGCCGGAAUUCAAGAAAGACCAACGAUAUGCGACAGGAAGGGCUGAGCAGUCGGAUGCUCCCAUGAGGAUUCCGAGAGUCAACCCCGCAGAAAGUGACAAUACAAACAGCAGAUACUACGACGAAGUUGAGAAUUAUGAGCCCCGAAACACAAGGAACUGGAAUGAUACUCCCAUGCAGAAAUACAACAGCGGAGUAUAUCAAAAUGGAGCCAUGGAUUAUAAUUCUGACCGAAGGAGGCAAUACUGAUUUGCACCCAGCCCCCAAUCUAGGCUUAUUGUGGCAAUCUCUAAAAUUAAAUAAAUUAAAUUCAAAUUCU